AAUGUCUCGUAAGAAAAUAUAGAUGUAAAUCAAUGGCAUAUUGCAUAAGAUGCCUUUAGUUCAGUUUAUCAUGGUUCCAAGGUAUAUCAUGCAAUUAUGUUGUUUUGUGUUAUGUGGUUUUAGUUACAUAUAGAUUCAGAGAAAACAAUAUAAAAUUGUAAUACAGAAUACAUUCAGAGCUCCAGCUAGUUGUUCCUGUCAGAACGUCUUUAUGUUUUGUCCCUAAACAACUGUUGGCAGAUUAAUACUUCUCUGAGUCAUUGCAGAAUAUCCUAUUUUAGUGUUUUUAUAAAGUUUAAAUUUUUGCAGACUUUGCAGCACUUCCUUGGCGUUAUCUCUUCUUUGUAGACAAGCCAGUCUACUUAUAUGCAAAUGCUUAGAAAAAUACAAUAAUAAACAGAAGUAAAAGUAAUGCAACUAUAACUAUUUUUAGCUAAAAAUGCAGGUCACCACAGAUAUGCAUGCAUCCAACAGUCUUCAACAGUGGAAAUUAGAGUAGAAAGGUGUUACAGGUAUGUCCGAAACUGUACUGUACGCUUUUUAGUCCCAUUUCACUUGCUGGAUUACCAGGCUGAACUCUCUCAUUCAGCUUCUGUCCUUAAACUCAGUGAGGUUUUAUUCCUUACCACUCAACAUCAUUUUUUAAAAAAUUCCUUUGAAGGCCUCCUUUCAGACCCGUACUUUGUUAUCCUCAGCCUAUUCCUGCCUACAACAGUUUUACUUUCAAUAGGCCCUGGCUCAAGUUUUCUCUUGCAGCCUCUCCAGGCCUUCACCCCAGUGAGAUAUGGGGUGGUACGGCUGUUUUUUUGCACCACCAAUCUUAAUCUCCUAACGCGACUUUUUAAGUUCAAGACUCGCUAGCCACGAAGUGUGCAAAGGCCGUGGCGCUGUCAGGUUGCCCAUUCAUAUCCUCUUCUUGCUGCCGAUACAGCCUUUCAAGCCUGAGGACAACGGGAAGGGCUGCUAAAUCUCUUUGCAUUUUUUACUGGCUGCAAUUCUUGUCGCCGUUUCUCCGAUAUUCUGACUUUCGCGUUCCUUUUAGAGGGAAGAAGGACGCGCUUUCGCUGCCUCUUCCGGGACCGGGGAGGGGAGCUGCGAGGGAGGCGGCCUGCUGAGGCCCAGCCCGCCGGGAGUUUGGCUGACUGGCGGGCGGAGGGACGGACGAAGCCGGACUGCUAAGCUUCGGCUCGUUAGAGGGAGCUAUCGGCCGGAGACAGCGGGGCUUGCUGCAGCGAGCGACCUGCUCCUGCCUUCGCUUCCACCUCCUCGAGAGCCAGCGAAACUUGCCGGCGAGCCGAAUUAGCCGCAGGAGAAAGAGGCGGCGUCGAGGGGUCACGGCGCAGCCUCUUCGCGGCAGUCGAGGUGGGCGAGGGCCCUGGCGGCCACGGUUGCCACCGUUAUGAAUCCGACGGGCUCCUCAGAAACGGCCCUGGAAGGAAAGCCGCCUGGUCGGAGAGAAGUGCAAAGGAAAUAGGGAGUGUUCCCUGCCCAUUCCGUUGGGUCCAGGCCAGCAACCUCCAUGUCCAUGAGACCGCCGUUAUCCCGCCAGAGUUGCAGCCGCUGCCUCCACUUCCUUCUUCACUGGCAGCCACCGAUCAAGGCACCCCCCUCUAUUGCUAAGGCCAUCAGGCCCACUUCUCUGGGCCCUCCUGUUCCUUUUCCUCUGCGCAGCAGAAGGAAAAGACUACAAACUUCUGUGUGAAAAGAAUGGCUAUAACUGUGGAGAAGGCCCAAAGGGCAGGCUAUAUAUUUCUGAAAGCAAUGUUAAGAUUUAGCUUCAUGGUUGCUAAUAACCUUGUUGCUAUUCCAUCCUAUAUUCUGUACAUGAUAGUACUGCAACCUCUUCGAUUGUUGGAUAAUAAAUGGUUUUGGUAUAUCGAAGGAAUUUUAUUUAAAUGGCUUUUAGCCAUGGUGGCAUCCUGGGGCUGGUGGGCAGGAUAUACAGUCAUGGAAUGGGGAGAUGAUAUUAGAACAGUUUCAGAAGAUGAAGCUUUGAUGCUGGUGAACCAUCAAGCAACCGGAGAUAUUUGCACUCUAAUGAUGUGCCUUCAAGACAAAGGCACGGUUGUUCGUCGGAUGAUGUGGCUGAUGGAUCAUAUAUUUAAAUACACAAAUUUUGGAGUUGUAUCUCUGAUUCAUGGAGACUUCUUUAUAAGACAGGGAAAAGCUUAUCGUGACCAACAGCUUAUACUCCUCCAUGAACAUCUAGAAAAAUAUUACAGGAGCCGUAGUCGCAAGUGGAUUGUAUUGUUUCCAGAAGGUGGUUUUCUUAGAAAAAGAAGAGAAACCAGUCAGGCAUUUGCCAAGAAAAACAGUUUGCCAUUUCUUACACAUGUCACACUGCCAAGACUGGGAGCCACCCAAGUUAUACUGAAAAAUCUGGUAGCUCAACAAGAAAAUGGAAUUUUGGCGGGUGAAAAGGUUCCUGUAUCAGAAAGUAAAUCAAAAGGUCUUCAGUGGGUGAUAGAUACAACUAUUGCAUAUCCCAAAGCUGAGCCUAUAGACAUUCAGACAUGGAUUCUUGGCUACAGGCGGCCAACAAUUACUCAUGUACAUUACAGAAUUUUUCCAAUUAAGGAUGUACCCAACGAUCCUGAAGCACUCACUGUUUGGUUAUAUCAACGGUUCAUUGAAAAGGAGGGUCUUUUGUCACAUUUUUACAAGACAGGAACAUUCCCUCCUCUGCAAGGACAGACCGAAGUUGUUUCUCGAGAGAUGACUCUUAGCAAUUUGUGGCUAGUUCUUGUACAGUUAUUUGCAUUUUUGUCAGGUGGUAUGUGGUACUGCAUUCUUCAGUAUUUUUAUGAAUGCCUUUUUUAAAAGGUGAAUGAAUGGGACCUAAGGACACAAUGAGGAACUUGGGUACUUUACAGAAUGCAUCAUGUUAUGUGUUCAAAUAUGAAUAUGCCAGUAGAAAGGAGCAUACUGGAUGGACUUUCUCUCCUUUUGGGGGAGGAUUUUAAACUCCACUAGAAGAAAGGAUCAACAAUAUAGUGACCGAAUGAUAUAUUUUAAGAAUUAUCCAUAUUUUUAAAAGGGGUGACUUCAGCAUACCGAUGUCAGCAAAUUCAGCAUUUUAACAGGAAAUGCAGUUAUGCAGCCAUCAGAGGUGAAUAUCUGUAACAGAGAAUGCUUUUUAUCACCGGUAGUAUUCAGCACUGUAGUUAAAACUCCAAAUCUUCAGCAACUCUUUCUUCAGUAGUCUGUACUGCAAGUCUUGUGGUAGAGAUCCUUCAUCUGCACAACUCAAAUUGUAUUGUAAUUAAUUAUGCUGGAUCUGUUUAACAUAAUUCACAGCCCUGGCUAUGGUAUUGUGACUGCCCCAUGAUACCUGUUUAGUAGCUUUUUUCCUUAAAAAAAAUCUUUUGAAUACUAUCUAACUGAGAGAUCGUGUAUUGUAUAACACAAGAAAAGGAAAAGUAUGCUACGAGUUGUGGUGUCACGAAGUGUUGAAAAAAUUGUGCAUACCUCAUAGACCAAUUUAUUUUUACCAUGUUUUUGUCAUUUGAACCUCUUGUGAAUAUCCUCUUGAAAGGGUGCUUCAGAAAUGGAAUGUCAUUGAUCUGUUUCCUGUUGUUAUUAUGUCUUUUUUGUCUUUUUCUUUCUUUUCUUUCUUUCUCAAAAUGCACUUUUAAAAAGUGAUAAGGAGCAUAGCUAGAAAGAAAUGUAGAUGCUGUUUCUAAGAGCUAGUAUUUUGGAGAGCUAUUAGCAGUUCAGAAAGGACUGGAUUUUCAGCAUUGAAGUACAUGAGUUGCCAUAGAUUUGGCAAAAUGAUUUUUUUUUGUAAUUUUUAAUUUUCAGAGAGGCCUUUAUUUUCAUCUGAGAAAAAGAAGCACUGGAAAUGUGUGUGGGACAGUUUGUGUAUAUACAUGCCAAGCACCUACCUAGAUGCUUUGCUUAUAGGAAGAAUAAGAGGAAGUUAGCUUAAUCACCAAACAGAAUACCUGAAUACUGAACAAAACAAAAAAAGGAAGAUAAUCUGCUUUAGAAUCCAGAGCUGUUGUAAAAUUCUCUGAACUGUAAAGGGCAUUACUAAAUUUGUCAUUUUGUUGAAAUAUGUCACUGUCAUAGGGAGUUUAACUGAAGAGGCAGUUUGGCACUAUAACAGGGUUUCAGGUGAUCGCAUUACAGUUUUAUAAUAAUUUUGAAGAAUUCUGUGUUAUUAUCAUUCUUCGAAUGCUUGACAUCAAUACUGUGUGACUGCAUCAUUAUAAUACAAAACCAUUCCUAGAAACCAGUUUCUAAUUUACACGUUCAGGCCUGUACACUAAUUACCAAAUGUUGUCUUUUCUGGACUGUAACUUUUUUUCUAAGAGCAAAGUCAAACCAACAACAGUUGUCUGUGCUGAGUUUGAGAUAUAUAUUCUUCUGUUUUUGUUCUGUUUUUGUUUUCCCAAAUUUCAUGAGAACCAGCUUUGGUGAGUAGUAUAUAAAAUAAAAAUAUAAAACCACAUUA